GGCGCGCUUAGAACUGCUGUUACAAAACAAAGGAUUUUCAUCGUUUUUGAAGCGACACCGAUCAGUUUUUUUAAGACAAACAGUAUUUUCAUCUUCAAGACAUGUAUUCAGAAGACCAGGAAGAAAAUAAAUCUGUAAAGACGGAGUUUAUAGAAGAUUACAGUGAGAUCAAAGGUGAUCCAGAGUCCUGCAGAGUGAAACAUGAAGAUACUGAAGAACCAAUAGGCUUGAAGGAAGAGAGUGAGGAGAGCAAAGAACUGAAUGAAGCAGAGGAGAAACAUCAAGUCGAAACUGAAGAUGAAUCUUUGAGUUGCUCACAGCAAACAAGAGGCAAAAAAUCUUUCAGCUGCUCUCAAUGUGGAAAGAGUUUCUUGUCCAAGAAAGGUGUUACGUAUCACAUGAAAACUCAUACUGGAGAGAAACCAUACACAUGUGACAAAUGUGGGAAGAGUUUUAUACAAGCAGAAGCUCUUAAAUUACACCAGAAAACACACAGCGGUGAGAAGGAUCACGUGUGCUUUGAUUGUGGGAAGGCGUUUGCUACUCUUGCCGUACUGAAACUGCAUCAGAGAAUCCACACUGGAGAAAAACCUUACAAGUGUUCACACUGUGAAAAGAGAUUUAAACAAUCAGGACAUCUAAAGGUACAUGAGAGUAUCCACACUGGAGAAAAACCGUAUGCAUGCGAUCAGUGUGGGAGGAGUUUUACACAAGCGUACGGUCUUAAAGUACAUCAGCAGUCUCAUUCAGAAAAAAGAGGAUAUAAAUGUGAUCAGUGCGGUAAAAUAUUUGCUAGGGCCUCAUACUUGAAGAAGCACCUAAAAAUUCAUUCAGAGGAGAAGCCUCACCUGUGUACUUUGUGUGGAAAGAGCUUUAUAUGGCUGGAUGAUUUAAAAGUACACCAGAAAAGACACAGUGGUGUGAAGAUUCAUGCGUGCUUAAAGUGUGAGAAGACCUUUAGUUCAGAUCAUCAACUGAAACAGCACCAGAUAAUUCACACUGGUGAAAAACCUUAAACUGGAGAACAAACUGCGUUAGUGUUUACACUGUGACAAUAUUAAAUUAGCCGGGAUCAUUUAUUCUGCUUGUAGUAAAAAUUAUUUCAUUAGGGUGAAAACCUUAUUUUACCCCAAACAUGAGUGUAGUGUCAAGUCCACAUGUACAAUACAUGCAUAAGAGAAUUGAAAUUGCGUUACUAUCUGGCCUUUGUGCAUACUGAUACCUUAAAUACAGAUAAUAAAAUACAAACUAUACAAAUAUACAAAUAGGUUAUGUAAAAAGAAAUAUAAGUAAAGCAGCAUGGCAGAUAAAAUGCAAACCAGUGACUCAAACAGUGCAGAUAUAAUGACUAAUGGAAAAGAGCUUAUUCAGUCUGAUUAAAUUGUCAAAAAUCUCAGAGAGCAGUUCUUUAUUUAAAUUGACAGAAGAGGUAGUUGGAUGAGGUCAUUUAACUGCUGAAUGAGGUAGUGAGCAGACCAAUGCUGCACAAAGUGUCUGGUGCAGGUCCCAGUGUGUUAGUGGGAGCUGGGGACUGAGGUUUAGAGUUCAGUGGUGCAUGAGAAAAAAGAGGGAAGUGGGGCAAGGCGCAGUCUCCUCCCUGAUGGCAGCAGACUGAAGAAGCUCUGUGUCGGGUGGGUGGGAUCACCUGCGAUGCAGAGGGCUUUGCGGGUGAGACAGGUUCCAUAAAUGUCCUGGAGGGAGGGGAGAGAGACACCAAUGAUCUCCUCAGGUGCUUUUACUAUACACUCCCAGGAACUUGGUGCUGCUCACGAGGGCUGUGCGAUAUGGACAAAAAAACCUUUCACGAUUUUUUGUUAAAUUUAGCAAAUUCGAUUUUAAUCACAAUUUUGACACACACAGACAUGUUUUACAGUCAUAAAUGCAUUGAGUAUAAAUUUGAAAAAUAUUUCCUGAAGAAAACCAACGAGAGCUUAAUCAAAAAGUUGUAACAUGUCUCUAGAACAGACAUAAAUCAAAAUAAUCACUAAGUAAAGAUGUCAAACAAAAUGACUAGCCAUAUA